GGAAAGGGCAUUUGGAAGAAGCUGAGGCUUUGUUUGAGAACAUAAAGGAGGAGCGCGAUGUCUUGGCUCUCGCUGUCUACAGACAACUCCAACCGAACAGCAAAUGCAGGCAACUGCAUUUGAGGUGAAAAGGCUACUGAUUGCCGGAAAGCAGAAGGCUGCUCAAGACGGGCAACUUUGGGGAUGUGCUCUUCUUAUGGCCCGGCAGCUGGGAGAGAAGUUCUACACCGACACUAUAGCGGAGAUGGCUCAACGUCAGUUUCAACCAGGGUUUCCCCUCCGGACUCUAACUCUUCUUUAUGCUGGUCAACAUGCCGGAGUGUUCGUAGGGAACACUAAUUUGUCGAACGUAACAGCGCUUCAACCUCAACCGGUUCCAGCGUCCGCUGUAGAUGGUGCAACACAGGACGCAGUAGAAGGAAUGCUUGAAGAAUGGCAGGAAAACCUGGCUAUAAUGGCAGCUAACCGAACUAAUGGGGACGAGAGAGUGAUUAUGCAUCUUGGUGAUUGUCUCUGGAGACAUCGAGAUGAGAUAUGUGGAGCCCAUAUUUGCUAUCUUGUUGCAAAUGCUAGUUUUGAGCCUUUCUCCCCUUCUGCCAGACUUUGUCUUAUAGGUGCCGACCAUUGUAAGUAUCCACGCACGUACGCUAGUCCAGAAGCUAUCCAGCGAAUGGAAGUGUACGAAUUUGCAAGAGUGACCGGCAAUUCCCAGUUUAUUUUACUUCCUUUUCAGCCAUACAAGCUUAUUUAUGCAUUGAUGCUUGCUGAAGCUGGAAAGAUAAACGAAGCUUUAAGGUAUUGCCUAGCGGUGUUGAAAACAUUGAAAACAGCGAGCCAUGCAGCUGAUGUGUGCAAAGAAGCGGCUGUAGCCUUGGAAGAGCGUCUUCAUAUCCACUCUCAGGUUUCUAAGUGGACACUCGGCUUUUAUACUCACUUUCCUGUUAUCCAGGGAGGCUCAACGUCAAUUGUGCAACGGUUUUUUGGCAAUAUUGGUCUACAUAAGAUGAUAGGCCCUUCGCCCCUGAAAGCUUCUGAUAAUGCUGGUAUUAAUAACCGUCCCGCAACAGCUUCUAGCAGAAGCAAUGUAUCACUUGCCUCGUCGGCAUCAAUGGAACCCAUAAAUGAUAUUACGAGAAGAUCCAACAUGCCAGCGAGAAGCAUUUCUGAGCCUGACUUUAGGCCUGCACAGGUCGUUAGUCCAGCGAAAGGAACGCCAAACAGAGGCGUCUUUACUUCUUUCGUGCAAAGAGCGAUGGGCUUCAUAAAAACACCUUCGAAGGAGGCAAAGCUUGGCGACAGCAACAAGUUUAGAUACGACGAGACACUGAAGCGCUGGGUUGAAGAAGGAGCCGAGGCACAAGCGCCAGACCUUCCGUUGGCUCCUCCUCCCACGGCAAACAAGCUCGUCUCGCGCGUGGAGGAGAACGGCGCUCCUAUUUCCAUGUCUCCGGAGAGACCACAGCCAACUCCGGAAAGGCCGCAACCGGUUGUGAGUGGAAUCCCACCAAUGCCUCCGAGCAGUAACCAGUACGCAGCUCGUGCACGUCAAAACGUUAGAUCAAGAUAUGUCGAUACAUUCAACAAAGGUAGCGUAACACCAUCCAAGACAUCAUCGGACUCUCCUCCACUGUUUGGCGUGGUGCCAAAGGCAAGCGCAAAGCCUUUGGCUCCAGCGAGAUUUUUCGUGCCUGCGGCCGCUGCUGCCGCUGCUCCAGAUAUCAACAGCAACCAUUCGGUGGAUCCUUCCUCGGCACCGGCCUUUGUCCCCGACACGGCAUUCUCAAACGGGAAUGGACCGUUUGCAGCGGCGGCAUUCGCUCAGCCGGUUGUACAGGAUAUGAGAAACGAUCUGGGGCCAACGCCUGAUCAUCUCUCGAGCGGCUCUUCGCCAGCAAUGUUCUAUUCGAAUCACUAUCCAGCAGCACCGUCGACCAUCUCGUUGCUGCCACCUCCAGCUCUGGAAGUCACUCCGCCAGUGAUGGUCGAGCAGCAGCAGCAAAACCAACACCAGGAAAGUUCGAUUCAUCGGCACCACCAUCAACAGUCCGGCACAGUGGGAUUCGAAGCUGCCAGUUCCUCCGGAGUGUUUGGAGACGACUUGCAAGAGGUGGAAUUGUAAAUCACACUCCACAAGUAAGUAGUGUUGCUGGGUGGAUUUUGGUAGAGCAGUGUAGCGAAGUAGUAGUCGUGGAAGGAGGAAUUUUUUUUUGGCUGGGUGAUUCUUUGGAGCCACGAGCGAAGCGACGAAGCUCCUUAAAGUUGCUAGAGAAAGGAAACUCUUUACAGUGUAACAAAUAAAAGCAAAGGCCUUGUGA